AUGUGGCUGCUGCUGCUGUCUCUGGUCAACAUCGCCAUGACGACUCCUCUGAGCAACCUGCUCUCUGUCAACAUCAACAUGUGGAAAUGUCUGCGGGUGCUCAGCAUAGCGCAGGAGUGUGUUGCUGAAAAUCCAUGCAAAGGCAUCAGUCGUUACGCCAACUUUGGAGAUUUCUUCUGCGCACUCCUUGUGCUCUUUAAAAUCUCCACAGGCGACAGCUGGAGUGGAAUCAUGAAGGACACAAUGAGACCAUGUCGGCUACAGGACCACCAUUGCUUUGACUAUUUCAUCUGGGCGGCCCCCUUGGUCUUCGUCACCUUUGUGGUCCUGGUCCAGUUUACUCUCUUCAAUCUCAUCGUGGCGGCAGUCAUGCAGGCCUUGGAAGAGAGCAGGAACCAGGACCCAGACCCGCUGCUGGAAAUCGGACAUUUGAACCAGGUCGGACCAGAGCCACCUGCAGCAGCGCCAGACCAAGGGGACCGGCUUGGACCAGAUCCCCCAGAAGCAGCGCCAGACCAAGGGGACCGGCUGGCUAGGAGGAGAUCCACCAGCAGCAGCGCCAGACCAACGAGACAGGCUUGGACCUAA